AAACGCGAGCACCUCAACAUUGUCUUCAUUGGCCACGUCGAUGCUGGCAAGUCAACCAUUGGUGGUCAGCUCAUGUUUUUGACGGGCAACGUUGACAAGCGUACUCUCGAAAAGUACGAACGUGAAUCCCGCGAGAAAAAUCGCGAGAGCUGGUAUCUUUCCUGGGCCAUGGACACAAACGAAGAGGAGCGCGCCAAGGGCAAGACUGUUGAGUGCGGUCAAGGCCAUUUUACAACGGAGAACAAGCACUUUACUGUCAUUGACGCACCUGGUCACAAGAGCUUCGUGCCCAACAUGAUCAGUGGUGCAGCUCAGGCAGAUGUCGCUGUUUUGGUGAUUAGCGCGCGCAAGGGCGAGUUUGAAACCGGUUUCGAGCGUGGAGGCCAGACGCGCGAGCAUGCCAUGCUGGUCAAGACUGCUGGUGUGCAUUACCUCAUUGUUGUUAUCAACAAGAUGGACGACCCGACAGUUGAAUGGGAUGUUGAACGUUAUAACGAGUGCAAGGACAAACUCAACCCUUUCCUGAAGCAGUGUGGUUUCAAGAAGGACGCAGAAGUUUAUUUCCUGCCUGUCUCUGGCUUUGUCGGUGUCAACCUGACCGAACCCGCCCCCAAGGGUACUUGCGACUGGUACACUGGCCCUGCGCUGAUACCCCUACUUGACUCGCUGCCCAAACUCGUUCGCUUGCUUGAUCAUCCGUUCCGCAUGCCCAUCUCUGACAAGUACAACGACAUGGGUACGAUGGUCAUGGGCAAGGUGCAGUCUGGUUUUGUCCGCAAGGGCCAAACUGUCGCGCUAUUCCCCAACAAGAACAAGGUCUCGAUUGAUAGCAUCUUGGUCGAUGACGAGGAGUCCGACUCGGCGCAGUCUGGCGAUAACGUCAAGCUGAAACUCAAGGGCAUUUCCGAGGAUGCUGUCAACCCUGGCUACGUGCUAUGCGCCCGCUCCAAGCCUUGCCACGUUUGCACAACCUUUGAUGCGCAACUCGUGGUUCUUGAGUGGAAGUCCAUCAUUUGCCCAGGUUUCAAUGCCGUGCUGCACAUUCACUCGGCCACGGAGGAAGUGAUUCUGAAGGGCCUCAUCUGCCAUGUCAGCAAGAAGACGGGCAAGCCUGACAAGGAGAAGGGUCGCCCUCGCUUCAUCAAGCAGGGUGAUGUGGCGAUUGUGCGGUUGACGUGCAAUGAGCCCGUGUGCAUCGAAACUUUCAAGGAUCAUCCUCAUAUGGGCCGCUUCACACUUCGUGACGAAGGCAAAACCUUGGCCAUCGGCAAGGUCCUCAAGCUCAUCGAC